AUGACCUCACAGCUCCACCAGUAUAACAUCAUGGAGCAGAACAAGCUGAACAAGGGUGAGUGUGUGGUGGGAAUCAGUGGAGGUUAGGAGGUCAAACCAUAGCCGUCUUCCAUCUUUCUUUCUUCCCUUCUUUCUUUCCCUUUCUCCCUGUGGAUGGGCCCACCAUGCUGAAGAAUGUUCCUUUUUCACUCGCUGCCCUGCUGCCCCCAUUCAGUCAUAUCAACAGAGAGCAUCAUCAGUCUCCCUCUCAUUGUCUACUAUGCAUUUACCUAACUCCUCUUUCCUCUCUGUGUUCAUAUAUCAUCGCUGCUCUACAUUCUGGGUCAGGCCUGAGUUUCUGUCUUUUCUGUCUGGGUUGUUCUUCAUUGGUAAAGUCUCGUAGCUACAGGUGUAAGGAUUUUCUCCAGGUGUCAGGUAUCUGAAGGAGAGAUAACAAUUUAUGUUGGAACUGACAGACACUGAACUAAACUGUCGUCACCUUGUUCUUACCUGCAGAAAAGAGCUGCUACUUUAGUGACACCGUUUUCAGUUACGUCAUUGGUCUCCUGUAUGGAACAGCAAUUGCAUGUCUUCUUUCUCAGCACUCUUAGGAAGACAGCAUCCACCGGACUGUUUAUUGAGACAGUUUGAACUUACAUUUCAACUUAUUAGAGGUGUAUUACACACAUUUUAACACAUUGCUGGUUAAGAUCAUUAUUUAGAUGAGUUUGCUACGUUGUUAGCCCUUAUGUUAGCCUAACUGUGAUCAUUAGUCAGUUAAACUCAAACAGUCUCUAUGCAUCUUUUGAUGUCAUCAUUUCCCCUUUCCUCCAUUUCCAUAAGCUAUCUAUACUUUUCUAAUACAAGUAAUGUGGUGUAUGCUGCCCUGCGACCCACCUUCAUCAUGCUUACCAUCCUCCUCCUCUCCCCUACCAGACCACUACAGAGGAGGGGACAGUCCCAUGCCUACCACCAUCCCCUAUAAUCAGGCCCACGAGGCCCACACCGUGGGCUCCUACAACAGCUCUGACCAUGGCAGCAGCAGCACCUCUGGUGAGAGAGGGGGGAACGAGGGGGGACAGGGGCAAACAGUGGUUUUCAAAUCCACAGCAAUAUGGCUGAUGUUUUACUGCCUGGAUGUUUUAGUGAAUCGCUUUUGUUGUUGUUGUUUCUAGUUCAUUGUUAUUUCUAUAAACCACUUAAUCACUUUUAACCCAGAAGCUCAAUUUCUAAAUCCUUAUUUUCCUCAAAAGCAAUGCAUCCUAAUGUGACAAUAGAUGCAUGAUGCUUUAAAAUGGUAAUGUUGAUUAAUUUCCAUGUCAGUCUCUUGAAGAUAAAUUAUAAUCAGAUGCCUUCAGUGGAGGGAAAAUGUCAAACAUCCCAGGCAUCAGUUUCCAGUCUGUGUGUGUUUCCAGUCUGUGUCUGUUUCCAGUCUGCGUCAGUUUCCAGUCGUUGUGUGUUACCAGUCUGUGUCAGUUUCCAGUCUGUUUCCAGUCUGUGUGUGUUUCCAGUCUGUGUCAGUUUCCAGUCUGUUUUCAGUCUGUGUGUGUUUCCAGUCUGUGUGUGUUUCCAGUCUGUGUGUGUUUCCAGUCUUUGUCAGUUUCCAGUCUGUUUCCAGUCUGUGUGUUUCCAGUCUGUGUGUGUUUCCAGUCUGUGUCAGUUUCCAGUCUGUUUUCAGUCUGUGUGUGUUUCCAGUCUGUGUGUGUUUCCAGUCUGUGUCAGUUUCCAGUCUGUGUGUAUACAUAUGCUGAAGUUGAUGUUUGCGUGAGCAAAAUUCAAUUCCAUGGGCUUCUAAGAGAAAAUGAAAAACCUAAUUAAAAAACCUGGGUUUUUUAUUUGGUUGUUCCUUGUUGCUCAGACAGUUUGUUGUAAAAAACAUUAAUUACUGUUCCCUUCAUUCCUACAAAGACGAGGAUAUUCUCAUCAGAUCUGCAGUGUUUGUUUCUGGACAAGAACUAAUGACACACACAUAUUCCAGAGGGCAUGCAACACUGCCUCCAUAACGCCCAGGAUCCAUUCUGAUAUUGUAUAUGAAGUUCAGCUCAUUAAAGAGCAGCCCUCUGUUCUCGCGGAGCUCACAGCUCAUUGGCUUCUCAUUCUUAUUGGCUGCUGUUAAUUGGCCUCUGAUGUUCACGUUUUCUAUUUUCUCUUGGCAAUGGGGAACAUUACAUUUGAAAAAUGACUGUGUUUUUGAUGGCAUGGCUGGCAUUAAUUACAAAUUGAGAGGUAAUGUGCAUGGUGCGUUUAUGCGGUGUCCAUAAAGAGAGGGGAUGCCAUUAGCCGACAUGCUCUCAUGUGUAAAUUGUAUAUAUUUUCUCUCCGUGUCAACCACGCGCUGAAAUUAGCCCUGUUUGUUCCUACAUUUUUAUCUGCUGUCGAUUUAUUCAUUUCUCUGUUGAUUUAACGAGCAUCAAUAAUGUAGAUGGUUGAGAGACGGAGGAGGACGUGGGAGUGGGGAUGUGUUUCUGCAUGUUUCUGACUGAAGGAGUUAUUUGUUCAUGUUUGAGCAGGGAGUCAAGGUCAGAAGAAGGGAGUGCGCACCCCCAAACUACCCAAACAGAGCACAAUGAACUGGGCUGAACUACUGCCUCCUCCCCCUGCUAACCCACCCCCCUGCCGCAACAUGGAGUACUCCCUGUCCAUGGACGAGAGGUGGGACUUGUCUACACACACACACACACACACACACACACACACACACACACACACACACACACACACACACACACACACACACACACACACACACACACACACACACCUCCCUGCCACUCUACUCUUUCCUUUCAUUAACUGAAAGAGUCAAAUCUGCCCUAAGGGUUUUUGUUCUAUUGUGUAUCAAUGCUAGGUACAUGUCAAACCUUUUCCUUUACAUGUCUACCUUGAUAGCAGCACAACAUUAAUAUGUACUAGCUACAUUGUUCAAGAUAUGAAUGUUAUUGUCACAUUGAGUGACAUCCAACUAACCAGCAUGUUUCCCUGUGUUGACAGCUAUGACCCAGACAUGCAGUGCUCCCUGCCCCCCUCCCGCAUGUACCUGCAGCCAGAUGAACUGGAGGAGGAGGAGGAGGAGAUGGAGAGGGGUCCCACUCCCCCCGUCAGAGGGGCUGCCUCAUCCCCCGCCGCGGUAUCCUACAGCCACCAGUCCACAGCCACCCUCACCCCCUCGCCCCAGGAGGAGCUGCAACCAAUGCUCCAAGACACACCAGACAGCAUGGGCUCUGGACACGAGCGCAGGUACUGGGAGGCGUUAUACUGUAUAAAAUAUAAUAAGUAUUCACCCACAUUAGAUUUUUUCAAAUUUCAAAUUAGAAGUGGGAUUGAAAUAGAUUUAAUUGUGAUUUAUUUUGUCAUUGAUCUACACAAGAUACUCCAUAAUGUCAAAGUCAAAAGAAUAUUCUACAAAUUUAAAAUAAAUUACAAAUAAUAAUAACUAAAAUUAAAUUAAAAUAUAAAAUACAUUAGUUCAAUUAGACGUAAAUGACAGAGUGAAAAGUAUACAUAAUCAAAUAUACAGAAUACAAAUAUUCCAAAACUUGCAUCCUGUACGCAACAAGGCACUAAAACAUGCAUCCUGUACGCAACAAGGCACUAAGACAUGCAUCCUGUAUGCAACAAGGCACUAAAACAUGUAUCCUGUAUGCAAAAAGGGGGGUUACAGAAGAUAGCCCUAUUUGAUAGCCCUAUAAAUCCAUAUUAUGGCAAGAACAACUCAAAUAAGCAAAGAGAAACUACAGUCCAUCAUUACUUUAAGACAUGAAGGUCAGUCAAUACGGAACAUUUCAAGAACUUUGAAAGUUUAUUCAAAUGUAGUCACAAAAACCAUCAAGUGCUAUGAUGAAACUGGCUCUCAUGAGGACCGCCACAGGAAUGGAAGACCCAGAGUUACCUCUGCUGCAGAGGAUACGUUCAUUAGAGUUACCAGCCUCAGAAAUUGCAGCCCAAAUAAAUGCUUCAAAGAGUUGAAGUAACAGACACAUCUCAACAUCAACUGUUCAGAGGAGACUGUGUGAAUCAGGCCUUCAUGGUCGAAUUGCUGCAAAGAAACCACUACUAAAGGACACCAAUAAGAAGAAGAGACUUGCUUGGGCCAAGAAACACGAGCAAUGGACAUUAGACCAGUGGAAAUGUGACCUUUGGUCUGGAGUCCAAAUUGGAAAUGUUUGGUUCCAACCGCCGUGUCUUUGUGAGACGUGGUGAGGGUGAAUGGAUGAUCUCCCCAUGUGUAUUUCCCACCGUAAAGCAUGGAGGAGGAGGUGUUAUGGUGUGGGGGUGCUUGUUGGUGACACUGUCUGUGAUUUAUUUAGAAUUCAAGGCACGCUUAACCAGCAUGGCUACCACAUAAUUCUGCAGCGAUAUACCAUCCCAUCUGGUUUGGGCUUAGUGGGACUAUCAUUUGUUUUUCAACAGGACAAUGAGAUGUGGUAGCCAUGCUGCAGCAGAUGAACUGGCCUCGACAAACCCCCGACCUCAACCCAAUUGAGAUGGUUUGGGAUGAGUCGGACCGCAGAGUGAAUUAAAAGCAGCCAACAAGUGUCAGCAUAUGUGGGAACUCCUUCAAGACUGUUGGAAAAGCAUUCCAGGUGAAGCUGGUUGAGAGAAUGCCAAGAGUGUGCAAAGCUGUCAUCAAGGCAAAUGUGGCUAUUUGAAGAAUCUCAAAUAUAAAAUAUAUUUUGAUUUGUUUAACACUUUUUUGGUUACUACAUGAUUCCAUAUGUGUUAUUUCAUAGUAUGAUUUAUUCACUAUUAUUCUACAAUGUAGAAAAUAGUAAAAAAUUAAGAAAAACCAUUGAAUGAGUAGGGGUUCUAAAACUUUUGACCGGAAGUGUGUAUUAGUGUUUUAUUUGUCAGUAAUCUUUUGUGUAGAUCGUUGACGAAAUUAUUACAAUAAAUCCCUUUUAAUCCCACUUUGUAAAACAAUAAAACGUGAAGAAAUCCAAAGGGGAUGAAUACUUAUGAUACCCACUGUAGUAGUGAUUUAAAAAGUCUGUUUAAAAAAUGCAAUCAUGUUUUAUAAUUGAUUUAUAUAAUUUACUUCUCAUACCCUACAUUAAGAACAAUCUCCUGCUGUUUCAGACACCAUGCAGUGUGCCCCCCUCCCCAGCCCCUCUCCCCCUCACACACCUACGGCUACAUCUCCAGCCCCCUGGCCCUGGACACAGACGGCAUGGAGGAGGAGGAGAUGUUGGAGGAAGAGGAGGAGGAGGAAGGGGACGAGACAGACGCGGAGGUGGCCAAUGUGCACCAUCACCACACCCAUCCCCACCCUCACCACCCCCAGCAGAUGCACACCAGGAGGCUGCUGCUACGGGACCUGGAGCAGACGCCAGCCUCCAGCGUGGGGGACCUGGAGAGCUCUGUGACGGGCUCCAUGAUCAACGGCUGGGGUUCGGCCUCCGAGGAGGACAACGCCUCUUCAGGACGCUCCAGCGCCGUCAGCUCCUCAGACGGAUCCUUUUUCACAGACGCCGACUUCGCCCAGGCCGUGGCGGCUGCUGCAGAGUACGCAGGCCUCAAGGUGGCCAAGUAUCCCAACCCCACGCAAGGCCAGGAGGGAGGCCCCGGAGGUACGCACAUAUAUUCAUCACUAAUGUGAUGUCACUUUAUCAAGAAGAGUAGAAAACAAGAUAAUGACCACCUUAACUUUGAAUAAAUAUGAAUCCCUUAUUCUGCAAGCCCUCUGACAGGGGGAAAACCUUUUCAUGGUUUCAUGUGCCUUACCAAAUGUGUCUUUCCCUUCAGCACGAAAGUACCAAAUGACCCCCUCAGGCCACCGUCCUGGCAGCCCCCCGUCCACAGACAGUAACAUGAGCACGGCCAACAUGCAGAAGAGGCCUCCUAAGAAGCAGAAACAGCACACUGCAGCGGGCCUCCCAGGGCUCCAGCGACGAGAGGCCUACCCUGAAGGUACAGCACAGGGCAACACAUACUCUGCUCAUUCAUCACUAAAGUACUGUAUGAGGUGGAACGUCAUAAUGAGGACUGGAGUUCUACCAUGGAUCCAUCUGUAUUCUAGUCCCGUAAUACUGUAAUACCUCACUACCUAGCCCCGCCAAUGUGAUGUAUUGCAUGGUGCCUGCCUGAGACGCAGUGUCCAGGAGUGAGUGAGUGAGUGUGAGUGUGUCAUAAGUCAGAGCUUUAAUCAUCUUCCCCUCGUGUGUGUGUGUGUGUGUGUGUGUGUGUGUGCGUGUGCGUGCACGCGUUUGUGUGUGUGGCAUCACUUCCAAUCUGCGGCUGUGCAGAGCAGACUGGGGUAGAAGGGAGGGGUAUGGAGGGUUCCUGUCUCAGGGGACUGCUGUCCAGCUCCAGCCCGUUCUGCUGCUGCUGACACUGGGAUGUCUUCCACUCCAGCCAGCCACUAAUGAAAUUACCCAGGUGCUCUGGCUCUUGUUGAAGUGCCCCCCUGGCCUCCACUCCAGGAGCCAAGAAUAAACAAAGCAGGGGCUAACUACAGAGUAACAACACACAGCACUGGGAAUAUGCUUAUCCUUGUCAAAAGUGAAGGAUGUUAACUUUCUUUAUUGUUUUAUUUGUGGCCAACGUGUUACAACAAAGCUGGACGUUUUAGUUAUGUGUUCCUCUGGGAUUGAGCUUUUGGAAAGGUAUUUUUGUGUGUUUGUGUGUGUGGAUGCGUGUGUGUAGUUGCGAGUGUCUGUACAUGUGUGUGUGUGUGUGUAGGUAGAUGCGUGCAUAUGUGAGUGUGUGUGUGUGGGUAAAUGCGUGUGUUUGUGUAUGUGGGGGUAGAUGCGUGUUGGUAGAUGUGUGUGUUCGUGUAGAUGUGUUUUUUUGUCUUUAAUUUAAAAAAAAAGUAAUUUAGCAGACGCUCUUAUCCAGAGCGACUUACAGAAGCAAUUAGGGUUAAGUGCCUUGCUCAAGGGAACAUCGACAGAUUUUUCACCUAGUCGGCUCGGGGAUUAGAACCAGCGACCUUUCGGUUACUGGCACAACGCUCUUAACCACUCGUUCGUGUGUGUGUGUGUGUGUGUGUGUGUGUGUGUGUGUGUGUGUGUGUGUGUGUGUGUGUGUGUGUGUGUGUGUGUGUGUGUGUGUGUGUGUGUGUGUGUGUGUGUGUGUGUGUGUGUGUGUGUGUGUGUGUGUGUGUGUGUGUGUGGGUAGAUGUGUAUGGGUAGAUGCAUGUGGGUAGAUGCGUGUGUUCGUGUAUAUGUGUGUGUAUGCGUGCGUGCGUGCAUGUGUGCAUAUGUGAGUGUGUGAGUGUGUGUGUGUGUGUGCCUGUGUGUGUGGAGCUGGCUCUCCUCGUACUGUCAGGUGUCCUUGUGUGUUGGAAGCACUUGACAGGGAGAUUUAAUAUCCAGCCCCACUCUGAGCCAGACCAGCUAUCAUUGCACCAAAUCCUACCCCCUCCUCCACUCCUUCCUCCAUCCCUCCAUCCUCUCUUCCACCCCAUCCCCUCCCUUUGAAGUAAUCUCUCCACCCCUCACUCUGCUCUCCUCCAGCUCCCUCCAUAUAUCCUCCCUCCCUCCCUCCCUCCUCCCUCACUCCCCCUCUUUGUUCCCUGUGUGUGUCUGAGAGGAGUGAGGAGGAGACAGACAGUUCUCCAGCCCUGGCUGUCUGUCUAUCAGUCUGGUCUGGUCGCUGAUUGUAUUUGAUCUGAAUGGAUUGGGCAAUUGAAAGCAUCUAUGGCCUAUGUUAAAGACGUGCCAGAACUUUGGCGACUACUACGUUUUUUAAACCUCCCACUUUGGGCUGGAUGUGUCAAUGUUUAGUUCAUGCAUGCAUAAUCUGAGCAGAAUUACAGAAUUACCUCAAUUAGCCACGAAAUUCCUAGUUUGAAGCAACUGUUUUUCUGGAAGCUGUGCUGCGCCAUUAUCCCUACAUUUUCCCCCAUGUGGCCCUGGCAAUUCAAGUUCAACCAAUGAGCUUCAGCCCCUCGCCAUAUGAGUGACAGUUAGCAAGAUGCACAGCAUGCACACACAGCCGAGAGAGAGAGCGGUGACGUGGUGCACAUACGAUUGAAGUCGGAAGUUUACAUACACCUUAGCCAAAUACAUUUACAUUUCACAAUUCCUGACAUUUAAUCCUAGUAAAAAUUCCCUUUCUUAGGUCAGUUAGGAUCACCACUUUAUUUUAAGAAUGUGAAAUGUCAGAAUAAUAGUAGAGAGAAUGAUUUAUUUCAGCUUUUAAUUUUUUCAUCAUAUUCCCAGUGGGUCAGAAGUUUAUAUGCACUCAAUUAGUAUUUGGCAGCAUUGCCUUUAAAUUGUUUAACUUGGGUCAAACGUUUCGGUUAGCCUUCCACAAGCUUUUUUUUUUUUCACUCUGAAUUUUGGCCCAUUCCUCCUGACAGAGCUGGUGUAACUGAGUCAGGUUUGUAGGCCUCCUUGAUCGCACAUGCUUUUUCAGUUCUGCCCACAAAUUUUCUAUAGGAUUGAGGUCAGGGCUUUGUGUUGGCCACUCCAAUACCUUGACUUUGUUGUCCUUAAGCCAUUUUGCCACAACUUUGGAAGUAUGCUUGGGGUCAUUGCCCAUUUGGAAGACCCAUUUGCAACCAAGCUUUAACUUCCUGACUGAUGUCUUGAGAUGUUGCUUCAAUAUAUCCACAUAAUUUUCCUUCCUCAUGAUGCCAUCCAUUUUGUGAAGUGCACCAGUCCCUCCUGCAGCAAAGCACCCUCACAGCAUGAUGCUGCCACCCCUGUGCCUCACGGUUGGAAUGGUGUUCUUCGGCUUGCAAGCAUUCCCCUUUUUCCUCCAAACAUAACGAUGGUCAUUAUGGCCAAACAGUUCUAUUUUUGUUUAAUCAGACCAGAGGACAUUUCUCCAAAAAGUACGACCUUUGUCCCCAUGUGCAGUUGCAAACCAUAGUCUGGCUUUUUUAUGGCGGUUUUGGAUCAGUGGCUGCUUCCUUGCUGAGCGGCCUUUCAGGUUAUGUCGAUAUAGGACUCGUUGUACUGUGGAUAUAGAUACUUUUGUACCUGUUUCCUCCAGCAUCUUCACAAGGUCCUUUGCUGUUGUUCUGGGAUUGAUUUGCACUUUUCGCACCAAAGUACGUUCAUCUCUAGGAGACAGAACGCGUCUCCUUCCUGAGCGGUAUGACUGCUGUAUGGGUCCCAUGGUGUUUAUACUUGCGUACUAUUGUUUGUACAGAUGAACGUGGUACCUUCAGGCGUUUGGAAAUUUCACCCAAGGAUGAACCAGACUUGUGGAGGUCUACAAUUUUUUUUUCUGAGGUCUGGGCUGAUUUCUUUGGAUUUUCCAAUGUUGUCAAGCAAAGAGGCACUGAGUUUGAAGGUAGGCCUUGAAAUACAUCCACAUGUACACCUCCAAUUGAUUAAAUUAUGUCAAUUAGCCUAUCAGAAGCUUCUAAAGCCAUGACUUCAUUUUCUGAAUUUUCCAAGCUGUUUAAAGGCACAGUCAACUUAGUGUAUGCAAACUUCUGACCCACUGGAAUUGUGAUACAGUGAAUUAUAAGUGAAAUAAUCUGUCUGUAAGCAAUUGUUGGAAGAAUUACUUGGGUCAUGCACAAAGUAGAUGUCCUAACCGACUUGCCAAAACUAUCAUUUGUUAACAAGACAUUUGUGGAGUGGUUGAAAAACAAGUUUUAAUGACUCCAACCUAAGUGUAUGUAAACUUCCGACUUCAACUGUAACUGCACAUAUGUGAGGUAGUACCCAAUUUUCGGGGAUCACUUUUGGCUCGUAAGCUCUACAUUCAAAACCACUGGCUAAAAAGUACACAAAAGUAGCAGAGAAUCCCUUUAACAUUGAUUGUGUCAGUAAAGAUGAUAGACCUUUCAAACAUUAUGCAACAUUAUCUGCAAGUGGCUUGAUGCCUACCGUGCCAAAGCCAUUUAGAGUAGUUGAUCGGGAGUGACGAGUGUGAUGAUAUAACGGUAAUAUUAUCAAAAUUCCACUUUUAGCAACGAUCAUACUAUAUGAUUCAUUGCAGUAUCCCCUAUCACAUUAUUCAAAAUAUCAGAAUUGGUUAAAAAAGGUUAUGCAUGCCAACAUAUUAAUCAAGAAUGAAGCAAAGUGAGCGUGUCAGGCGAAAAUUAUAUUAAACAUUUUACCAUUGCAACAUCUGAUGUACAGUCACAUUCACCGUAGUUGUCUCACGUGUGCUAUAGAGUUCACAGCUGGCAAUGCCUCAUCGUGAUUGCUUAUUCCCCAUCAUUUACUUCUUGGUCAAUGAGCGUCAUCACUAUCCUUCCUUCGCGAUACCUCAAACUGUGGUGAUUACCAGCUGAGAUAAACUUUUAUGAGUUGAUUUUACUCCUGGCUCAGAGUUUGUCUGAGCAGUGUCUUUACGUUAUCCAAAAACCUACUCUGAGCUGGGAGUUUUUUAAGUCUGAAAAUACAUUUUACCAGGAUUCCUAGGACCUUUUCUGAGAUGCUUUGUGGAUACGGGCCCUGCUAUAGAAACCUGGCCUCUGUCCUCACCUCCAUGUGUCCAUAAAUCUGCCUGACUGUCCUCUCCUCUCCUCCUCCUCAUGUAGUGGGCUAUAUCUCACAGACAGUGGCAUUGAUCGGAACCUGACUGAGGUAGGAGGCAGGGGAGAUAUAAAAAAAACUGCAGAAGAUUUUCCACCGUAUGAUAUCGACUGACCCAUUGUGUAUUCAGGAGGUUGUGUGUGUUUGUGUGUGUGUGUGUGUGUGGGGGGGGGGGGUGAUAAUCAGGAAAGUGUAUUACACCUUCCUGAUUUGGCCAAAGCGUCACAGCCAAAACACACCAGCAUCCCCUUUAGCCCCCGAGUGUGUAAAAAGUUCCUACUGUGUGUGAUUCAGCUCAAGAGUAUACACAGUGGAACUAUGGUGUUAAAUAUGGUGGACACUGGGAUGCUGGAUGUGAGCGGUAUUGGGAUGCUGGAUGUGAGCGGCAUUGGGAUGCUGGGUGUGAGCGGUGGCAAUGGCUGGUUGCUAUGUUUAUUAACUUUGUAAUCCUGUGUGGAUUACGGGCCGUGCCGGCCGACAGAGCUGAGCCAUCCCUCAACUGGGAGUCUGAUUAAAAGAUGAAAAGCCAUCGAUCGCAAGCAGAGCAGACAAGGCAGCGUGUUUUGUUUGUGUGUGUGUGUGUCUAGAAGUGUGAGCGCUUAGGCAGCACACCAGUCAGGCUCAUAUGAAUAAUGGCUCAAGGACAGACAGCAUUGAUUCCUCAACAGGAGAAAUGGAGCGGGUCAGAGAGCUAGCUGCUGACCGUCAUGCUCCCCUCUGCAAACCCUCUCUCUCGGACAGGAAGAGAGAGAGAGCUAGAGCGAGAGGAGAUGCAGCGCGGGCGAGCGAAGAGGGAGAGACGAGCGAGAGAGAGAAAGGCGGCGAGCGGCAGCGCGGUAGCGCGCAGGUGAGCGCAAGAGAGGGACGCAAGGCGAUAGGAGCGAGCGGGAAAGGCAGAGAGAGCGCAGGCGAAGAGAGAGAGAGAGAGAGAGCGAGAGCGAGCGCAGAAAGAGAGCAGCGAGCAGCGGCGGAGAAGAGCGAGUGCAAGAGAGAGAGAGCGAGCAGAGGAUCAUGACGAGAGAGCUCUCCAGACUACAAUAUCCGGGAUCUCUCUCUCUCUCUUCUUCCAACUCCAGCUAUCUCUCUCUCUCCUCUCCCUCCUACUAAUUUCUCAUCGCCUCUCCUCCCUCUCUCUUUCUCUCUCCUCCAACUCUCGCCUUCUCUCUCUCCUCCACCUCUCUUUCUCCUCCAUCUCUCUCUCAUCUGUGUCUAAUGGCUAAGCUCUAAUGGCUCUAAUGGUAGGCAUGAGUUUGAACUAGUAAACUAAUGUCAUCCUCUUCCUUGUUUAUGUUCCAGAUCUGCCUCCUCCCCCCAUCCCCCCUCCAGCAGGGCUCAAAUCCCCCACACACCCCUCCAAGACAGCCCUGGAUGCACGGGGGAUGAUGUCUCCCAAGGCAGGUGAAGGCAGGGACAGGAGAGGGGGCUCAGUAGGAGGGUACCGGCCACGGGAGGGAUCAGACCCCCGUACCAGCUCCUCAGAGCGCCGGGAGACCCAGGACAGACAGAAGAUCCCCCGCACAGGGAAAGGGAACAAACCGGAGGGGAGCAGCACCAAGGCACACCAACACCCAGGUACAGAGAACACCUAGGGACAUGGAACUAGUGGCAUUUAACCUAGCAGAAUAUUGUUAUUUCUGCUCUGUAGACAUGCCACUCUGACAGUGCAACUUUAGAUUGUGAAUAGCUGUAUGUACUGUGUUGAAGGACAUGAGUUCUCAGUGUGUCCUCUCUCCUGUUUUGUCCCAGGACCAGAGGACAUCCUGCCCUACAGCCGCCCCUCCUUCCCCACGGUCCACAGUCCCCGAGACAGGGACCCCAGCUCCUCCAGCUCCAUGUCCUCCCGGGGCUCAGGGGGCCGGCGGAGAGGAGAGGGGGGGCCAGGGGCCCGCAGGAACCCCAACGACAUGGGUCUCAACACCAUGGGGGCCUUCCGGCCUGGAGACGAUGACUUAGAG